AUGCCCUCCGAGGACACCAUCCUGGAGGGGCCGAUAACCCCAGCCCCAGUCUUUGCCUAUCGCGCACUUCGAAGCAUCUUCUUUGCCUCGCCCGAAUCCUCGCCCGAGCACGACGCCAACAAGGAAAACCUCGUGCCUGCAUACCCUCCCUCGUCACCAAAGCGAAAGCACUCCACGGGAAAUUCGCCUCAAACGUCCCCGUCACCAUCACAGAAGCGCAAGCGGGAAAGCGACAACACUAAUAACGGUGGCGGCGGGACAAUCCUCUCUCCUACAAAGGGCAUACUCCGCACGCCCGGCCUGGCGACACCUCGAGCAAAGUAUCUAAAGGACAUCAACGUCAAAUUCAAGAGCGUCAGCCCGGAAGGCCCGAAGUUGGCGCCGCCGACCCUUCGCUGUUCAAAACCCACCAACAACCCGGCGGCAUCACCCACGAAGAAAAAGUCGACGCCCGUGUUGCAGGACCCAUUAUUACAAGAUGAGGAAUUGCUGCUAGGAAACCGCCCUACAACCGCGUCUGUGCCACCAAGUUCACCAUGCGUACUCUCCCGAGCAUCCAUCGAAGCCUACCUCGCGCAGACCGAAAAGGAAAUGAAGAAACUGGUCCGCUACGGACAGAAGAUGCGCGAGUACGCGCGCAAAAAGGACGCGGAAAACCAGGAAUUGAAGAGCAUGAUUGAACAGCUGCGGAGGGAGAAUGAGAGAUUGAAAAGAGGAGACGCGGACAGCAGUGCUUCUGAAAGCCACCGCGGUGCCAGCGGCGAUGUCCCGCAAGUGGUACGGGGACAACUGAGGGAUAAAGACGAAGAAAAGCAGCGGCGGGUCAGUGUUGGGAUAGUAACGGGUACGAAUAAUGCGUCGCCGGCGCUAAGGGACAAACCUCGAGGCUACGUCCGGGAGGAAGUCGAUAGGGUCGAAACCACGGUGCGAAGCCAGAGAUCAGAGAAAGCGUCCAAGGACCAGAGGUACACAAGCCUGUCGAGUACCGGGACAGCAGAACGAAGCGAUCGUGUCUGCGAUCCUGCAAGACCUUCGGGUCCGUCGUGCAGUGCCCCGAGCGACCAUCCACCCUCGAUCAAGCGAUCACUCUCAACGUCCACAUCCCAGCGAAGAGCUUCAGCCGCAACUUCAACUUUAGUAUCAACGACACGUCCCAGCGACCUUCCCAACAACCCACCUCCGUCAGCGGAGGCAGAUCCGGCGGCGAUAACAACGUCCAUCCGCUCCGCCUCGGCGGGCACCAUCGCCGCUAGACCCAGCAUCACAAGACUGCCACCCGAGCGCGUCGCAGCCGCGCGACACAGACUCCGCCGACGCACUGAAGCGAGGAAAGCAAAUGUUCCUGUCGUUGAGGUCGUCUUGACUUGGGACAAGCGUGGGGAGGGGGAUGGGAAGGGACAUGCCGGGAACGAACGGCAGCUGCUCGGUACGGGGACAGUGAAGGCGCAAGAGCCCGCGAAGCAGCUCGAGGAACCGAGCGAGGUCGACUGGGCGAAUCUCUGA